CACAAUGGUCACGACAAACUCGCCGUCGCCGUCGCCCGAGCCCAUCGAGAAGCGUGAGGACGGUGUUGCCGCUGCGCCGGAGGCCGCCUGCGCCGGCAUCAACCUCGACGACCUGGGUUUCGUCGGUCUGCUGGCCAAGUCCAUCUGGGAGCCUGGAGUCAACUCGGCACUGGUCAUCGCCAUGAACAUCUCCUUCUUCCUCCUCAUCCUCUGCCUCACGUUCACCGCCUACGUCUCCAACUGGAACAAGCAUGUGCUCUUCCUCCUCUUCACCAGCACCCUUCUCUGGUUCGCCAUGGUCUGGUUCGUCAUGGAGAUGACUCGUGUCAAGAACAACCCCGAAAACGCUCCUCCCUCCGACCCUCUGCUCGCGGCCCCUGGGGCUGACGAGACCCGCAAGGACAGAUGAUCGUGUCAUGCGACGUGGCAUCUGUGGCUCUACCAGCCGAAUGAUCUAUGCACCGAUGAUAUCGCCCCACGAUCCCCAUGGCUGGUCCCCCUCGUCCGGCUUGACCACCCGCAACUCAAUGUUCUCGCAGUUCGGUCCGAAGAAUCCGGUGGCUUUCCAGCCUCGUAGCUGCAUGAUUGGGAAUGGGCCUGGAUCAGGUCAGCCAGGCCGGAUUCUGGGACUUA